CAAGGAGCCGCUAGAGAGGUGAAAGAGUCGACGCACUCCCUUAAAAUAGCCCGAAACACCCAUGACUACUGCUGUAGAGACCGUCACUGAAGCUGAGUCAGUGAUAGAUUCAAACAACAAUCUCAGGAGCCGCUAGGGAGGUGAAAGAAUCGGCACAUUUAAAAGGAGACGAGCCGAAAGACCCGACUCCCUUAAAAUAGCCGAAACUCCCAUGACUCCUGCUGUCGAGACGGGAGUGCAGCGGGUGUGUGCUGCUGCUGCCGGUCGGCAGGUCGCGAGCGAAGGACGCAGCUAUCACGUGCCGUUCGAACACGCCAUCGAAGCCGAGCGAUUCCUUAACAUUUUUAGAAGAAAACGCAAACUACAAAUCCGCGCAUUUAAAGUUGUAGUCUUUCUCGAUAGUUUAAUUUGUGCCUCGAGUUAGACGGUAGUUCAAGAAAAGCCUCCGAAGAAUUGUGGUCGAUGUCAAAAAUAUUUAAUUGAGGAGUCUAAAAAGCAACUUUAUUAUUAUUAUUAUUAUUUUUAUUUUUUUUUACAAUCGUGAAGGAAAGGAAGACUCCGUGAAGACAAACAUGGUCACCACAAAGGAAACCAGUCUGAACCCCAAUGCCAAAGUGUGGCAGGAGAUUCCUGCCCACCAGAAUGACAUCUCCGAGGUGACCGAUAAUUCCUUUUGGCUGCAGUCGUAUCCUCCCAACCCUGAUAUGACCGAAGAGUACACUGAUCUUCUGUCUUCUGGGGAAAAAGGAUGCGACCCGGACUUUCCUGACAGUAUUGUCUAUGCGUAUGCGCCUACUGAGGGCAGUGUGAGCAGUACUGAUAUAUUGGACGCGAGUUGUUUAGCUCUUGGCCCCCAAAAUGAGUCAGCCAUCGAUGCCAUACAAGAAAAACCUACGCCUGAGUGUCUACGAGAGUCUUUAAAGAAACAACUGGAGUUCUGCUUUUCAAGAGAGAACCUAUCUAAUGACCAGUACCUGAUAUCCCAGAUGGACGGUGAUCAGUUUGUACCAAUCUGGACCAUAGCAUGCAUGGAGGACAUCAAAGCCCUUACCACCAAUACAGACCUCAUCCUGGAUGUACUGCGAGAAUCUCCAUCGGUUCAAGUUGAUGAAGCUGGAGAAAGAGUGCGUCCAAAUCACAGACGCUCCAUUAUUAUUCUAAGGGAGGUGCCAGAGACAACACCAGUAGAGGAAGUGAAGGCCCUUUUUAAAAGCGAACACUGCCCAAAUGUGUUAAGUGCUGAAUUUGCACACAACAGCAACUGGUACAUAACCUUUCAGUCUGAUAUGGAUGCACUAAAGGCUUACAGAUAUCUGCGGGAGGAAGUAAAAGUGUUCCAGGGAAAACCUAUAAUGGCCCGCAUAAAGGCCAUCAACACCUUCUUCAGCAAGCCUGGCUUCACCAGCGCAGACUCCAGUUUGUACAACCAGCAUGCUCAGCCACCAGCUCCGUACAGCUCACCUGUGUACAUGCAGCAGGUGUAUAAUGCUCAGCAGCAGCAGUACCCUGUGUAUCCAGCCCUGGUCCAGUCCUGGAACCAUACAACUACGCCUUACUUUGAAACCCCUCUGGCACCGUUCCCUAACAAUGGAUUUGUGACUGCUUACAACGGUGGGGGCAACUACAAAGCAAGUUCAAUUUCUAAUCCACCUGGGAGCAGGAACCGAAAUCACGUAAAGGGGUCCUUUAGGCCUACAAAUGCACUCAAUUCCCCACCUUUGGCUCCCCCUGCUCUGAUGGAUGGUCAUUUGGGUCCUGUCCACUCACAGCCCCUCCAGACAUCAGGAACCACAACAGUGAGCCUGCUCUCCAUGAGCUCUAAAAAUAAUUCUCUAAAGGCCACCAUCCCCACAGGAGAGCUUAGCGGAGACGGGCGGACAAGGAGAAGUAACAACUACAGAGGAAUGAGGAGGAAAAGAGAUGAUGAACAGAACACGUGGUCCGUCCCUGUGAUGGAAGUCGAGCUGCCGCCUCCACCAAAGUUCGACCUGGAAGCUUCUAAUUUCCCUCCAUUGCCAGGAUGUGUGGUCAGUGUAGCGGAGGAGAUAACGCCCGAGAUGCGUCUUUCUGACGUUGUACGUGGUCUAAAAGUGACCAACAAGAUUGUAACCAUCAAGGUAAAUGAAGUAAAACCCCCAAACGUCUCAGAACUUCCAGCACCAAGACAAGAUGUGAAGCCAAGUGAAGUAGUGACACAAACACCAGCACAGCCUGUUACAAGCGUGUGUUUGCCAGUAAAGGAGAUGGACGAGGCCGACGCUCCUGUUCUGAAGGACACGUCAUCAGCUGUCAAGCCUGAAUCUCCUACAGAAGGUUCUCCCUCCACCUGUAGCCAUGGCGCCUCCAACGUAGCUAAUCCCCCAUUUCCCACUUUAGAACAGGAGCCAAGAAAGCUCAGCUAUGCAGAAGUGUGCCAGCGGCUGACUAAGGAUGCACCACCGUUACAGACUCCGUCUCCAGCCGCCGCCUCCUCUACAGCCUUCCAGCCCCUUCAGGAGCUCAAAGUCAACAGAGGGGAGGAUCCUUGCACCAACGGACACGCUGCAGAUAAAUCGGAAAACAAUGGCCCUCCUCGUCAAGCUUUGCGCUCAUUUGGUGGCUUGAACCGCUGGUCCAGAAGCGGAGGUGGCGGGCUGAAGAAUCGUGAGCAUCCCCGAGGGGAAUACACAAACAAAAACUUUUUCCCACAGCGCGGAGCCAGGAGUGGCAAGGAACAAAACAUUCCCCCGAUAUCGCCAAAAUAACCACACGGACCAAUCCCCACUUCAUGAUGACACGAGAUAUGUGUAAAUAAGUAAUAUAAGCAUAUACAGUAUACAAAACUAGUGUGUAUACAGGAGGAUUUCAGGUAUAGGACAGACUAGACUUUCCAAACUCGUGCAAAUGAACAAUUUUAGUUGAGCUUCUGGUUUAAUCCUCAACAGUCGCAACCAUGCUCGAAUACUUAAAAAAAAUGUCUUACUCUGUUUAGCAUGAUACAUUUUCUGUCCCAAAAAUAACUUCACUCUUAUACUGUACAUGUGAUGUCCGGUUUCUGUAAGCAACAUAAUUAACACCAGCUCUUUUAAUUAAUUAAGAAAUGGUGAAUAAGGAUGAAACCAAAGCACUCAAUUAUUAGUUUAAAUGCAUAAAGUGAUACAAAAUGCAUACAAAUAUUGAAUGAAAUGGAUAAAUAACAUCUAGCAUAACUUUUACCUAUUUCAAAUAUUGCUGGCUAAAAUAUUUUCCUGAAUUAAAUAGGGUUUCUUGAAAUGCUGACACGACUUUCGUCAGCCCCAUUUUGGCUUUGUUUCGCAGCCCUACUCCAAUUAAAAAUAAAAAAAGCACAGAUGUGUAAUUACUGUGUGAUAAACAUGUACAGGCACAGUUGCACUCAUGCUGUACAUGAAUUACAUGACAAUGCAUAGAAAUUAUGAAUGAAAUGGAUAAAUCAUCUCGCUGAACUUUUACGUUUUUUAAAAACUUGAUGACUAAGACCUUGUCCUGAAUUCAAUAGUGUUAAAGUGCUGGCACUCACAACGUUUCUUCGGCCCCAUGGUGGCUUUGUUUUGCAGCCCUUUUCAAUUAAAAGAAACAGACGUGUAAUUACUGUGUUAUGAAGACAUGUACAGACUAACACAGUUGCACUCACGGUGUAUAUGAAUAAGAGGGCAAGACCAAUGCGUGGGAUGAUUUGUUUUGGCACGCGAAUCUGCAAAAUGAGAUGCAGGCUUACUUGUUACGUGCAAUAUUUGGCUGUGCGAUCACGGACAGGAGAUGAAAACACGGGCAAACUUUUGGUGAACAUUUUAGUCAACGAAUUUGAGGUAAAAUGAGGCGUACGAAUACCGAGGUAUCAUUGUACUGGUAAGAAAUGCAACCUGCAUAAUGCUUAUGUACUAAUCGCCCACCUCUAAGGUGCUGUUGUUUCACUGGGAUAUUCUGCAAUGCUGGCUUGCUGUUCAAUCACAGCUUUUUGUGUCGUGAAUGUAUCUUUAAUGAAUUAUACGCUUGUUGGUGAUUGACAUGACAACUUAUACAUGGUCAGCAGUACUCAGGAAAAGGUCGCUUUCAUCCCUUAUAUCACGUUCGGUACAUGGAUACACCUUAAUCGCACUUAGCGUCCUGUUGAGUUGUCUUAAGUAAACUGAUGGGUCGAAUUCACCUUCAGCUGGUUUUAACACAUGAAACACCUUUUUGAGCCAAGUGUCUCUGAAUUCAGCAAUUUCAAACGUCAUGUUUCAUUGAGCAUAUGGCCUAGGAAUGAAAUCAUGACUGAUAACGUGAAAUCAGAUUUUAAAUAAUAUACAUGUUCGUAAGGCAACUAUAAUCUAGAUCAGUGGUUCUUAACCUGGGUUCGAUCGAACCCUAUGGGUUCGAUGAGUCAGCCUCAGGAGUUCGGUGGAGCCUCCACCGCGGAGGUCUAGACACACCCGACUCAUCGUGUAAAUAAAAACUUUUUUAUCAACGUAUUAUGGGUACGGCAACAGGAGAAGUCACACUGAUUUGCAGGUGUGUAAUUUGUUGUGAGUUCAUGCUAUGUGUUGGUUGUGUUCUUUUAACAAGGUGAUGUUCAUGCACGGUUCAUUUUGUGCACCAGUAAAAAAAUAAAAAAAUAAAUUUAAACCAUUUUAUUUUUCACUAAAGAAGGGUUCGGUGUAUGCGUAUAUGAAACUGGUGGGGUUCGGUACCUCCAACAAGGUUAAGAACCACUGAUCUAGAUCUACAUUUAAAAGUGGACUGCUGAAAUACCGGCUUUAUACCACUUUGUCUGGUUUUGUAAAUGUUAUGUGGUAGUUAUUUGUGCGUUACUGUAAUUAUUUCCAUAGUAGACAUUUGUGUGUGUUGUAACAAACUCUGAUUAUGUCUUAAAUAUGUGUAAAUAUACAUAUAGAUGUUGGCAGAUAAAUAUUUAGAUAUGACUAAUUGUCUUAAUUUCGAGGUUGGUCAUAAGUGGUCUUUUUUUGAGGUUUGUCAUUUGUAUAUGUCAAUGGAUUUAUGUUACAUCCAGUCCAGUCACGACUUCCAACAAUAAUUUGAAAAUCUGAAGCAAACUCAAGUGCCUUACUAUUGGUGGUUCAUUGAAAAGUACUUCUUUACCACACUGGACACGCCUUGUUUGCUGGCAGUGAAAAAAUAUACAGGUAAAAGCCAGUAAAUUAGAAUAUUUUGAAAAACUUGAUUUAUUUCAGUAAUUGCAUUCAAAAGGUGUAACUUGUACAUUAUAUUUAUUCAUUGCACACAGACUGAUGCAUUCAAAUGUUUAUUUCAUUCAAUUUUGAU